AUGGAAGUAGAACGUGAUUUUUCUAACACAGACGUCGUUAAACUGGCACCACCCGUUGUUCUGCCAUCUUCAAAUACCAUUACGAUUGAGACAACGACCUCAACAUCGUCACCGCAGCACAGCCUCAGCGGUGGGGUCGUCGGCGUCAGCGGCGGUGCCAGCGCAAAUGCCGGCUUGGGCACAAUUGGCAUCGGCAGCACCCUCUGCAGCAGCGGCGACAGUGGCAUUUCGUCGUCCACCCCAUCGUUGGUCUCACAACUGUCACCGCCGCCCACCAUAAUAUGCAACGUGCCGACAUCUUCGGUCUCCAACAGCAUUGCCAACGUCAAUACGCCCAUCAGCGUAGGCGCGGCGGUUAGCAGUAGCGCCGCGGCUGCGGGUCGUUGCAGUCCUAUUAUAAGCGGCGGUUUCUGCGCGCUCACCAAUGGCCUAGCAGCCAUUUCAGUGUGCAGCCAUACAGGCAAUACGUCUAUUUAUGGCGUUAGUGGUGGUGGUGGCGGCAGCGGUGGUGGCAGUGCCAGCAAUUGCAACAUUAUCGGUAAGCCCAAAUCAUCGUUAAGUCCGCUACAAAGUCUCUCUAUCGGCGGCAGUCUUUCUUCAUACGGUGGCAGUAGCGGUGUUGGCGUAGGCAGCAGCAGUGGCAACGGUAGCGGCAGCGUGGCUGGACUUUCCCUACUCACUGGCAGCAAUAGCCACCUAAGCAGCGUUUCUCCCGCACUUAGCAGCAGCACACCGCUCAGUAGUGGCAUUGGUUGCAGCAAUAGUAUGAGCGGCGGAAGCAAUGCAUCGAACUACUUGAGUAAUAUGAAGCUACUCGGACCCGCCUCCAUCGAUUUGGGUACCACACCGUUAACACAUCGCAAUUACAAUACCAUUAAAGGCUUUAGCUUUCGGCGUAGUUUCGAUGAUAAAAUCAUAGCGCCUCUUAGCAGUAGCAGCGGUGGCGGUAGCGUUGGCAUGUGUAGCAGCAACAUAGGCGGCAGCGGUGGCAGCGGUAGCGGUAUUGGCAGCCAUGGCAGCUACUUGGCGCAUCAUCACUUCCACACACACUUCCACCACCCAACGUCCGCCAUGCAGAAACAAUCGUCCAUUGAUCGGCACACAAGUGGUGGUGGUGUGGGUGUUGCACCGCACACCACACACUACCCGCUCACCUCAUCACAGUCGUCGACUAAGCUCUCGUAUCGUGACGAUUUUCUGCAGCAGAUUGGCUAUUUGCCUACGACGCGCAUCUUCAACACCAGCAUCGAUGAGGACCGACAGCAGGACUUUCUGUCGUUGUCCAUGUCGCCGCCGUUGAAUCGUCGCAGGGAUAUGCCGGCGUUGCGUGGCAUCAUUAGCCUGUAA